CUUACAGAACAUAACACGCACUCCUCAAUAAGUAUUGCACGAGACGCCAUGCCCCUCGUUGACCUAGUGAAAGAAAUCCAGGCUAAGAAGCUCAAGGCUGUCCAGGAGCGUCUGAAAAGAGAGAAAGCUUCUCAAAAGUAUGUUCCUGACGCUAAGAAACCCGGCAUCUUUCAUUCGCUCCUGCACGUCGCGGUAAAGGCAGGUGACCCAGCCAUCGUAGAGGCGUUGCUAGCCGCUGCCGCAGAUGUAAAUGCGGUGGACAAUGAGGAUUCAACGGCCCUGCAUUGGGCUGCACGCGGCGAUGGCGCACCGAAAAUCGCAGAACUGCUCCUGAAGAAGAAGACCAAGGUGGAUGCGGUGAACAAGGCGGGCCUUACGCCGCUGCACGUGGCAGUAGCGGCGGGGGCGAUGGAAGUGGUUAAUCUGCUGCUCAAGGCUGGUGCCCCAGCCGACAUCUGCCCUGCUACUUCUACUACUGCUGCCGGUAGCACUCCGCUGCAGGUGGCGGUACGGCGCUGCUGCGAGGGCGCCCUCAGUGGGGAGCAGCUGGCGCAGCUCGCGGCUCGGCUGGCGGCUGCGGGGGCCAAGAUGGGGGGCAAGGACAAUGAGGGCCACACGCCCCUCUCGCGGCUGCUGUCGGGAGGGCGGGUGGCGGAGGCGCUGGCGCUGCUGGCGGCGCUGCCGGCGGAGGCGGAGGUGGACUGCGGGGCGAACGAGAAGGACCCCUCGGGUCGCACCCCGCUGCUGGUGGCGGUGGCGGCCUUGGGGGCCGGGGCUGCGGGGGCUGCUGGAGCUGCUGCUGCUGGUGAUGGUGCCAGUGCUCCCUCCGAGGUCACGUUGCAGCAGCAACAGGAGCAGCGGAGGCAGCUGGUGCGGGCGCUGGUGGCCCGGGGGGCCUCCGCAGAUGCGCAGGAUCCCGCCAGUGGCGACACGCCCCUGCACCUCGCCGCACGCCGGGCGGAUCUGGAUCUGGUUUCGGAGCUGCUUCCCGCUUCAAAACUGCCGUACACUCGCAACAACGCUGGCGCCACGGCGGCGGAAGUGGCGCUGCUGCCUACGGGGACGUCGUCUUCGUCGCCGAGCGGCGGAGCUUCGGCAGCAGUUGCGGAGGCAGUUGUGGAGGCGGGUGGAGACCCUGGGGAGGCGGGUGUGCGGCUGAUGAAGGUGGCGAUGGAGAGGAAGGUGGAUGGGCUGGCGUCAAAGCUGCUGCCGCACCUCAGCCCAGCCGCCCUCUCCUCACUGGCCCUGGACCUGAAGGGCCUCAUGGCAGCUGGACUGGGGAAGACCGCCGCCGCCUACCUGCUCCGCCAGCAGCCCCAGCAGGCGGCAGGAGGGGCGCUGGACGGCGCUGGCGGCACCCUGCUGCACCGCCUGGCGGAGGAGGGGGCGCAGUACGAGGCGCUGCUGGCGCUGCUGUCCCGCUGCCCCGGCCUCAGCCCCAACGCGGCCAAUGCGGAGGGCGACACGCCGCUGCAUGUGGCGGCGCGGGCGGGGCAUGUGGAGGUGUGUCGGGCGCUGGUGGCUGGCGGCGCGGAUGUGCUCAAGCGCAACAACAAGAACCGCACGCCGCGCAGUCAGUUGAAGCUGCCCGAGGCCACCCGCGAGUACCUGGGGGAGGCGGAGGAGGCGGCCAAGGCAGCCAAGGAGGCCAAGAAGAGCGAGCUGUGGGACGACAAGAUGAAGGCGACGCAGACGGAGAGCGCGUUUGGGUUGAGGGUGAUGUAACGGGUUUUGGGGGGGGUUAAAAAUGAUGAAACGGAUGAGGAAACGAGGAGGAGGGGCUUGUAAGGGGCUGGCAUGUAAGGUGAUGUAAGCGGGGUAAGGGGGAAAGGCUAGUCUUGUGAUGAAGCUCAACCAUGGGGUGUUGGCAUGUGUUGGGAGCCGUGAGAGAUGUGAUCAUGGGUGGAGAGGGGUGGUGUGUUUCCCUCGGCAUGGUUGGUUAUUGUGUUGAUUGUGUUGGAAGGCAUUCGGGGUGAGGGUAUUAAACGUGAAUGUAGUUGUCGUGGCAAGGGUGAGGGUAGUGAAACACAGUGAGCCGCUCGGUGCCGUAAUGGUACGUUAUUUGUUGGGCAUAAGGACCGGUAGGGUGGGAGGAAGGGGGAAUACCGUGGGCUUGUCUUGGGUAGCACACGCCGGCAGAUUGGGGGCCGUGGCAGGUGGGAAGCAGGAUGUCAGCGGCAAAUUUCCAGAUGCGAGCGCUACUUUGAUCUGCGUGCGAUAGUAGCUAUGAAGGGAGUUGUUUGUUCGCAAUUGGUUCACUUGGCGGCGUGCAGCAGAUCGCACUCACGUAGGAAUUAACACCUCUGCCGCCGAGGGACGGUUAUCCCAAGCAAGGAAAUGACCCAUGGGUCAGUAGAGGCAUGCACGGUCGGGACGCAUCAAACCGGCUCCUGCUGCGAAAUACAACCUCGCAAUACGCGGCAAUGCCGAGCUGCUGAGUUGGCCUUGACGCGCCCUUGUGACUCAUCAAAACA